AUGUCUCAAUUAUUUUCUCUUAAAGGUCAAGUGGCAAUUUUAACAGGUGGAACCAAUGGUAUUGGGUUAGGUUAUGCCAAAGGUUUGGCUAGUGCUGACUUGAAUCAAUUAAUAUUGACUUACAGAUCAGAAUCCACUUUGGAAAAUGCAAAGAAAAUAAUUCAUGAAGUCAACCCAAAUAUUCAAAUUGAUGGUAUUAAAAUUGACUUUUUAAAAGAUGAAGAAGAUGAAAUAAUCACCAAAAUAGUCAAAGAAUCCUAUAAAUUAUCUAAAACUUCAAAUAUUGAUAUAUUGGUAAAUAAUGCAGGUAUAACUGAAAGAUACCCAUUUGAAGAUUUCCCACAAGAUAAAUUCGACGAUGUGAUAAAAGUUGAUUUAAACAUUCCUGUAAAAUUGACUAAAGCGGUUGGCAAAAAGAUGAUUGAAACAAAUACCAAGGGUAAGAUUGUUUUCACUGCUUCUUUGUUAUCCUUUCAAGGAGGGAUGUUGUCAACUCCGUAUGCCAUCAGUAAAGGUGCUUUAAAACAAUUCACACAAGCAGUAUCUAACGAAUGGUCAUCAAAAGGUAUCAGGGUCAAUUCAAUUGCACCGGGAUAUAUUAAAACCAAUUUGACCGACAGUAUGAGUGAAGAGAACAAAAAAAUCGUUGAUUUGAGAAUCCCAAUGAAAAGAUGGGGUAACCCUGACGAUUUCAUGGGACCAAUAGUUUAUCUCACUUCCGAUGCAUCGAAAUAUGUUACUGGUGACACAUUGUUAGUUGAUGGUGGUUGGAUGGGCAGAUAG